AUAAUAGAGAAAGAGAAGUGAGAAGUAACCUAACUUUUUAUACUAGGCAUCUUGUGCGGUUUUUUAAAAAGUGUUGUUUUAAUGAAUUGUCCACACAACCUUAGGAUAUUUUUCUUUUCACAAUCCUCGUAGAAGUUUUUGAGGCCAUCACAAGAUGUCUUCCCCUGUUUCGGCUUUUUCAGUGUACAAAAAACAGUCGUUUGGUACCAAAAAACAUAAAACCAAAAACAUUCCAAGUAAUUCUCCCUCAGUAAAGAAAAUUAAGAAAGACUUUGAUAUACCGUCACAGAAUGGAAAAAACGAUGUUCAAAAAGUAGUCAAAACUCCUAAAGGGACAGAGAAACAUACAAAAAUAAAAGAUAAAACUAGUUUCAAUGCCAGCAAACAAAGUUUUAUGAAAAUUGACAAUGAAAAGAUUUCAAAAGAUUCUAAUGGGAGAAAAAAAGGAAUCAGAAGAAUAAAGCCUAUUAGGAUCGAGAGUCCACGACAAUCUUCAACAGAAGACGAAGAACAACCCCCUUUGUUGGUCCCCAUAGACAAACCAUUUCCGAUCUCUUCAACAGAUACCCAACUCGAAGAUUCUACCGUAGCGGAGUACAUUUCGCAGCUGAACAAAACCGACCCAUCUCCAGACGGUCUCAAACUUUUCAAGUGGCUCAUAGCCCCCGUAUCUCCCGCCCAGUUCUUCGACAGAUACUGGGAGAGUGAAGCGCUACACAUCAGUCGCGAGACUCCAAACUACUUCAGUCACUUGCUGACUACCCAAAGACUGGACGAUAUUUUCAGGGAGUUUCCUCUGUACUACACGAGGAAUGUUGAUGUGGUUUCAUAUGAAAAUGGCGUCAAAGAGGUACACAACGAAGAAGGUAGAGUUGUGGCAUCAGGUUUGUACGAUUACUACUCUAACGGGUGCAGCGUGAGGGUUCUCAACCCGCACACAUAUGACCAGAAAGUGCAGUUGUUGUUGUCGACCCUGCAGGAGUAUUUCGGCACGAUGGUGGGUGCUAACGUGUACCUGACGCCACCUGGCAGUCAGGGUUUUGCCCCUCAUUAUGAUGAUAUUGAGGCUUUUGUUGUGCAGCUUGAAGGGAGGAAGCAUUGGAAACUGUAUAAGCCAAGGUUAGUUUUAGACACUUCACUUUUUCAUCAUGUUUCUAUGUGA